GUUAAGGGUAAAUUACGCCCACCCCCUUAAGGUACAGUCAAAUUACGAAAUCCUCCCUCAUGUUUGGGUAAUUAUACUCAUCCCCUUCAACUAUGGAUCUUCUUAUAUGUUUCACCCUUGUAGUGUCAAAUUUAGUGAAUAUUCUAGAUUAUAUGGAAUAUUCUUCAGUUUUUACCUGUUGUACAACAUUCGAGCUCCACAUUUUGAAACAAGUUUAUCAUAAGAUAGAUGUGUCUAUUGAUUUGUAAAUAUCAGAUUGUUGUGGUGCAUUAUAAACUGCAUUUUUGCCACAAACGAGUACAAGCUAAAGAAAAUUUUACGGAGUCGAGAAGAUUUUGUUGAAUUUGAUACGAUAAGGGUGGACGUGUAAGAAGAUUCAUAGUUGAGUUGAGGGUAGUUGUAAUUACCCAAACAUGAGGGUUUUUUCGUAAUUUGCUUAUUUUGAAAUAAACAAAUUCUUUGUUUAAUUUAGAAUAAAUUAAUGCUUGCUUUGAAACUUUAUGGUUUGUUGUCUUGUAUAGUUUUCAAACUGAAAAAAUAUGCUCGUCUUUUAGUAGGAUUAAAUAUAAUAAUAUAAAUUAAUCUUUCUUCUCUUACAUCUGUGGCCGAUCGUUUUAUACUACACACCCGUGUCGGAAGAAAAAGAUUAAUGGAGUUUUAUCAUCUCAAAUUCCAAACCCUUGUAAUAAUAUUUGCCACAUUUCUCCCUAACCCAUUAUUUUGCUCGGAAAACUGCAAUUUUCCGGCCAUCUUCAACUUCGGCGACUCCAAUUCAGACACCGGCGGCCUCUCGGCGGCGUUCGGCCAAGCUCCUCCGCCCAAUGGAGAGACCUUCUUUCAUGCCCCAGCUGGCCGCUUCUCCGAUGGCCGUCUCCUCAUUGAUUUCAUCGCUGAAAAAAUGGAGUUGCCUUAUCUGAGUGCAUUUCUUGAUUCAAUUGGCUCAAACUUUAGCCAUGGAGCUAAUUUCGCAACUGCUGGUUCAACAAUCAGACCUCAGAACACCACCAUUUCACAGAGCGGUUACAGUCCGAUUUCUCUCGAUAUUCAACGUGUUCAAUUCUCCGAUUUCGUAACAAGAUCGCAGAUUAUUCGUAAAAAAGAAGGGUUCUUUCGGAAUUUGUUGCCGGACGAGGACGUAUUUUCUCGAGCAUUGUACACGUUCGACAUAGGGCAGAAUGAUCUCACUGCUGGUUAUAAACUCAACUUGUCCACUGACCAAGUUAAGGCUUAUGUUCCUCGUGUAUUAGAACAAUUCUCCGAUGUAAUUCAGAAAUUGUACGGUGAAGGAGGAAGGUCGUUUUGGAUACACAACACGGGACCAGUUGGUUGUUUGCCGUAUAUUAUGGACAGGUUUUUAGUUACUGCAGCACAGAUCGAUAAAUACGGCUGCUCGAUUCCAUACAACGACGUUUCGCAGUACUUCAAUCUCCGACUAAAAGAAGCUGUUUCGGCAUUGAGGAAGAAACUUCCAAUGGCUGCUAUUACAUACGUCGAUGUUUAUUCCGUCAAAUAUUCCCUCAUCGCCCAUGCAAAGAAACUAGGAUUUGAGGAUCCAUUUGUAGCUUGCUGUGGUCAUGGAGGGAAAUAUAACUACAACAGGUUUGCUAAAUGUGGGAGUAAGAAGAUUGUUAAUGGCACAGAGAUUGUGAUUGCUAAAUCUUGCAUUAAUCCGACGGCUCGGAUUAAUUGGGACGGAACCCACUUCACCGAAUCAGCCAAUAAAUGGAUCUUUGACCAAAUUGUCAACGGUUCGUUUUCCGACCCCCCUUUACCUCUUAACUUCGCCUGUAAUCGAAUGAACAUCUGAUAAUUUUUAUCUUUAAUGGAUCUUGUCUUCAAGUAAUAUACAUUUGGAUCGACGUGGUUA